CCGAGGGUGGUCGCUUUGCGCGGUGGGUUGCUUGGCUGGAGAGGUUGUUUGGCCGCUCCCUCGUCGCACGUCGCUCGCGCCUCGAUUUCCCUCGACCCCGGCCGUCCCCCCGUUUCCAGCAUGCAGGGCGCUGCCCAGGGCGCCACCGCUCAACGCGUGCCGAAGCGCCUCCUCGAUGAUGUGUGGCGCGUGCGCGCCACCGACGACGACUGCUGCGCAAUCUGCCUGGAGGCCCCGGCGCAGCCGCUGAUUUUGCUCUGCGGGCACAUGUUUUGCCUCGACUGCUUCCAGACCUACGCCACGCACGCGCGCGAGUACGACGACGAGUGCACGCGCUGCCCGACCUGUCGGAGCCCGCACGCGCCCCCGCCUGUCGGCCAGGUCGAGGCGGAGCAGGUCGAGCGCGGCGAUGCGCUCUUGGCGCGCGCCAUGCGCAUGGAUCGGAGCCGCCCCAACUUCUUGCCGCUCCUCGAGGGGGCGACCCGCUUCUACGUCGCGGCGCUGGACUUGCACCCGUACUGCUCGAGGGCGCACGCCAUGAUCGGGUGGUGCCGGAAGGUCGCAGGAGAGGACUCGCUUGACGCGUUCGAGGACUCGGCGCGCGCUUGCCAUGGCGCUCUGCCCGCGUUUGCCAUCGUGACCCUGUGGAACCAGACGAUCCUCGACUGGCUCGGAGAGAGCGAGAGCGCCCAGCGCAUCGAGCUUGUGCGAGCCGGCGUGCGGGCUUGCAGCUGGCCGCAGGCUGUCCAGCGGGAGGCGGCGGGGACGGAGCUCCCUGUCGCGGAGAACGCCUACCGCAAGGCCUGCAGCGCCUUUGAAGACCUCACCUUGCCUCGGGUGCGCGAGCUGCUCGAGAACUUGCUGGCGCACUACCACCGCAUGGUCGAGCUGUUUAGCCUCGUCCCGAUCUAUCUGCCGCUGAUCGCAAACAUCGUGCGCAAGCGCAUCACCGACGCUGGCCUCGCGCUGGUCAAGAAGCAGUCAGCCAACGCCGAGGGCGACCUGAUGGCGUACGUGCAGGAGCUGCUCGACCUCGACGGCGUGUACAGCGAGAUCAUCGGCUCGACGCCAGGCGAGGGCUACUUUAACGGCGACGCGACGUUUCUCAAGGCGGCGAGGGAGGCUUUCGAGGUCUUCGUCAACAAGGACAUCGGCAUGAGCGCCACCGCCGAGCUGCUCUCCACCUUCUGCGACAACCUGCUCAAAAACGCUGCCGAGGAGGCGGCUGCCGAUCGGCACCUCUCUUCGGACCCCGAGCUGCGGCGGCUGUACCAGUCGGUGGUGGGUGGCGGGGCGCUCUCCACCGCCGACUUUUGGGCGCAGCGACGCGGGCUGCUGCGGGCGGCGAUGCAGCGCGAGGGCCUCUCGACCCGGCGGCAGCAGCCCACCGACGCGGAGAGCUCGGCCGCCACGGCCGCCGCCGCGGGGUGCGAGCAGCCGGAGGCGAACGCCGCGACGGUGGCCUUCACGCUCACGCCGGCGAUGAUCGCGCGCAUCUUUGAAAAGUACCCGAGGGUGCAGCGCUCGUUCCUCGACAAUGACAAGCUCGAGAAGGUGGUGCGGCUCUUUGGCUACCUGUCCGACAAGGACAUCUUCGUCGAGUUCUACAGGAAGCAGCUCGCGAAGCGGCUGCUCCUGGCGCGCUCAGUGGGCGCCAGCGCAGAGCGCUCGAUGAUCGCCAAGCUCAAGCUGCGGUGCGGCGCGCAGUUCACCUCGAAGCUGGAGGGCAUGGUGACCGACAUGAACCUGUCGCAGGACAUCCAGUCCGCCUUCGCCGAGCACGUCAAGGACAAGGAGCUCGAGCUCGACACCGACCUGACGGUGCAGGUGCUCACCACCGGCUUCUGGCCACAGUACAAGUCGGACGAGCUCAAGCUGCCAAAGGAGAUGCUGCAGUGCGUCGAGACCUUCAAGGCCUUUUACGACUCGCACACCUCGCACCGCCGGCUGCGGUGGGUGCACUCGCUGGGCUCGGCGACCGUGGUGGGCAAGUUCACGGCCUCGGGGAAGAGCAAGGAGCACGACCUGCUCGUCUCCACCUACCAGGCCUGCAUCCUGCUGCUCUUCAACGAGGCGGACUCGAUGACCUUCUCCGACAUCCAGGGCCACCUCAACCUGCCCGCCGAGGAGCUCAAGCGCUACGUGCUCUCGCUCUGCGGCGGCAAGUACAAGAUCCUGACCAAGGACCCGGCCGGCAGGGAGGUCGCGCCGACCGACACGCUGAGCUGCAACGCCACCUUCUCCGACCGCCACCAGCGGAUCAAGGUGCCGAUGAUCGCCCCCAAGAUGACGCAGGAGGAGAAGGACGCGGCGCUGAAGCAGGCGGAGCUGGAGCGCAAGCAUGUCGUCGAGUGGGCGAUCAUCAAGGUGAUGAUGCGCGAGAAGCGGGUGGAGCACGAGGAUCUGGCUGAGCAGGCGCAGGCCUGGAUCAGAACGAGGCCAAGCACGGGCUUUCACAUGGCGAGGGAUUACUUCGACGCGAUGGUCGUGGACCUCAUCCGCCGGGAGUACCUGGAGCCCGAGGCUCCCGAGCGUCCUCCCGGGAGUGGCAGCUUCUACAAGUACCUAGCUUGAUGGCUCCAGCGGUGGCCUGACUGACUGAGCAUUACGAUCCGUCCGGACAGCAUUCGCCGCUGACGUACGUCACGUCGAGACGGUGGAGGUCGAGGGCCUCGCGUACGAAGUUGUGGACGGAUCCGAUCUGUGACGUACGAUCCCGUAUAUACGUGCAUGACGGAAAUCGCUUGGCGUAGAUUUCCGCGGUUUUUUGUGUAUCAUAUCGAUUACC